AGGGGACACCCUGAACUGGUUGCCAGCCAAUUGCAGGGCACAAGGAGACAUACAACCAUUCACGCACACACUCAUACCUACGGACAAUUUAGAGUGUUCAAUCAGCCUACCAUGCAUGUUUUUGGGAUGUGGGAGGAAACCGGAGUUCCCGGAGGAAACCCACGCAGGCACGGGGAGAACAUGCAAACUCCACACAGGAAGGCCGAAGCCCGGGAUUGAACCCUUGUUCUGGGAUUGAACCCUUGAUCUCAGAACUGUGAGGCAGACGUGCUAACCACUCAGCCGCCGUAUUUGUGUAACCCAUUCGAUAAUUGAGUAUUUGUGAUUGACUAACACAAUGGAAUUUAAUAUUAUUAAUUUAAUAUUUGCAUUUCAAUUAAUUUAGUUUACAGAUGAUCUAAUUCACAAAAUGUGAAUUGUAGAUGAAACAAAUCUUCACUUCUUUGCUGUAGUACCAAGUCAAUGGAAAUGUACCAACAACGCGAUGAGACCAACCCCUUCUCAACAGCUGACCGCGUUAUGAGCUUCUCUAGCAGAGGUGCUGCGUUGGAGAGACCCUGAGUGAAUUUAAUAAACAUUUUAAGGUUAAUUUCCCUCAAAGAAGCGAGUUAACCUUUUGUAGCACUUUUUCAUCAGCGUGGGCUGAGUUGGAGACGGUGUGCGUGAGGCAAAAUAACAGUUUACUCGUCCUUGGCUAGGUUUUUUGAUGACCCUUGAAUUAUUCUGGAUUUGGAUUCUGGAUUCUCCCUGAAGAGGGAGAUGGCGAGCUACCCUUGAUGGAUGGACCUGACUGUUCCCUUUUCCCGAGGACAAUCUUCAAAGUCCAGUGUGAUUUAAGUGACCUGAACCAUCUGAUAGCGCGUUCCGCUUUGCCAACAGAUUAAUUCCAGCUGUGAUCAAUGUGUAAUUUGCCAAAGAGAGAGCAAAGUGAAAGAAAGUGGCUGCAUAAUCUAAUAUUCAUCAUAGCACAAGCCGUCAUGGGGCUGAAGAAAAUGGACUUAAUGAACUGGGAGAGGAUGAAAAUGAAUGCAAAGUGGCACAAGAGGACACAACCUCUUACAGAAGAAGGCGAAUGAACGACGGAUGAGGAAGAGAUGACGUCCACAAAUGCAGCCCGUGUGAUGGUAGCUGUUGAUCUAUCGCACAGAGGAGAAAAACAAUUGACAGCCAAUGAAAGUAGGUUUGUUGACAUGAAAUUGACAAACAGACUCAAACCUCUCCGGGUUCUCAUUGGGUAAUCCGCAGGACAAGUGGAAGUGUGUCACACUGCGAGAGCCCUGCUCCGGGCAAUUAGGCCAGGCAGUUCAGAGAGAACAGAAAGCUGUCGGAACUCUGCGCAACCAAGCCUGACAUGGUUCACUUGUGUGUGUCCAUAUCAGACGAUGGUCUCCGGCUCGAGUCAAUAAAAAAAGAAUCACCCAAGCAGGCGAGAAGAAGAGCAAAAAAGAGUAGCAUGGCUACUUUGGAACGACAACCAAGAUCCAGAAGGGCUGCUUCUCGGCGGGACCGUGGCUCUUGUUCUUCCACCGCAUCUUGCCCCGUUUUUUCUGGACCGUAUAGCGACCAGGAAGAAGACCCUCCGCUACGUCGUCAAUCAUCUCCGUUAAUUAAAGGUUCCUUCUCAAGUCUCCACAAUGCUACCAAACCCAGCCAGAAAAGACCUUCUUCUAGCCUCCAAGGUUCUGUGACCUCUCUUCAGGGAUCAUUACCAAGCUUGCAAGGAUCUCUUCCAAACUUCUCCCUGCCAAGACUGAAGGGAUCUAUUUCUCGGUUGAGGAGGCGAUCGUUGAGCAGCCUUGACAACUCCAGCUCAGGCCCAAGUGAGCGGAGUACCAGCCCGAGUUUACAAAGCGGCAUUGGGAGCUCAAGCGACGAUGAUGGGAGUUGGGAUACUAACAGUUGGAGCUCAGGUGCUACCUGCCUUUUCCGGACAAAGGAAGGUAGCACGGAGAAAGCAGACCAAUCAGAUGCGAUACCUUGCAAUACCGAGCAGGUGUCCACGAAUGCAGUGGUGGAGCCUGAAAUUAUUUACCAAAAUCUAAUCUUUACAUGCCCUACUUCUAAAACAGAAACUAAAGAUUUGGAGAAAAAAGACACAGUGGACCAAAGCCCUCCUGUGUCUUGUCCAAACAAGGAACCCUCAACGGUCGCAACUCCUCACAAAGAAAAGAAGAAAGAAGACAGACGCAAGUUCUCGCAGUUCCUCAACGAGGUGACGGGGAGGGUGCUGAAAUCCAGCGGUGGUCCUUCACAACCACAGUCCACAUUACGACAGCGUUACCCAUCUCCUCCGCCUGCGCCAUCAGCCUCAACUCUAUCCCCAGUGACAUCGUUUCAUCCAACCCCGACAAACUUAUCGGCAUCACCUUCAAGCUUGUGGUGCAGCCCCACCAGCUCCAACCUACAGACCAUUAAUGAAUGCGAUUCAAAGGACAUCGUAAACUCCAUCCACCAGUGGAGCAAGACUUUACCCAGCUGCAAAGUCUUGGAACCAGUGGACAUGUUGAGAAAAACAAAAGGGGAAAGUCCUUCAUACCGAGAACAUGGCAUGGAUCUAUGCACAAAGUUACAGUCGCAGGCCUCCACCGGGAGGCUUUAUCUUGAGACGGACAUUGACAGAGUGAGGCAACUUGAUGAACUCGUAGCUAAUGGUUCUUUGAUGAAAGAGACGAAUGAGAAGCAUUUGGAAAAGGCUUUGGAGAGAGGCAGAGACAGGGAGGACAGAAGUCCUUGGGAGAGAAAUGGAGUCUUGGCGGUGGAGAAAACAAAGGAAGCCGAUCAAAGCAGGGAACGUUUUUGGGAGAAAGAAAAAGUGACAGAAAGAGGGAAGGAAAAGGACAUGAAAAUCAUUCGUAACAGUUACGACCCAAAGUGGGCUUCAAGUGGAAGGACUAAUCCGUGUCCUGCCUUUAAGUGGCCAGACGGUUUUCCAAGAAUGUCCUACAGGUCAAUCUCACUGCCCAGAGCAGUUAAUGUCACGGAUUGUGAUGGAGAGACACAACGUGACGUGAGCUCUUUUCACGACCACAAAGAGGACCUCCGCAAGCGGCUGUCGUACACCACGCACAAGCUAGAGAUGGUGGAGAGCGAGUUCGACUCCACCCGCCAGUACCUGGAGACGGAACUGCGGCGGGCGCAGGAGGAGCUGGAGAAGUUUACGGAAAAGCUGCGCAGGAUCCAAAGCAGCUAUGCGGCUCUGCAAAGGAUCAACCAGGAUUUGGAGGACAAGAUGCACAGGACGUCUCAGCACCACGAAGAGGAGAAAAGAGCCCUGAGCCGUGAGAUUAUUGUCCUCAACAACCACCUCAUGGAGGCCAAGCUCACCAUAAAUAAACUCAAAGAGGACAAUAACCUAUACAGGAAAGACUGCAACCUGGCUGCCCAGCUGCUGCAGUGCUCAAAGUCUCAUUACAGAGCUCACAAGAUGUCUGAGCUCCCGCUGGACUUCCAGGAACGCAUCAGUUCCCACAUCGAGAAACACAAUCAGGGUAGUGAGGCCACCAUGGCAAUGUGCCACUCCAAUUACUCUGAUGCUGUUCCCACAGCCAUCAUUGCCAAGAUCUUGGAAAAACCAGAACCGGGAAACGGUUCCCCCGCGACUCGUUCCCCAAGUCCACACAUGCAGGAUGGAGACUCCAUGGCGGGAGCAGGUAGUAAUGAUCACUUCAAUCGCCGUGUUGCCUACAAGACUUCAGACUUGUACUGUAGCGACACGGCCCUCUACUGCCCUGAACGCUGGCAGGAAACAGACCGCAGGCAAAGCAUCGACCUCCACGGCACCACUUUGCUCCAGCUUCAUGCCCAGAACUCCACAGAUAGCAACGCGGACGAGGAGGCCUACCACUCAGGCAGCUUCUCCCAUCACGGGCCGCCAUCAUCCUUCCGCCACCAUGAAGAGUUCAGCGCCGGAAGCCUUCCCGCCUCCAGUUCCUACUCCAGUUUUAGCCUUGCUUCAGAUGACAAGGGCGGCAUAAUGGCCAGUGGGGUACGCACUGCCAGUAGCACUUUAUCCACUUCACACCAGGGUUUGUAUAUGGACUGGCGGGACAGUGGCAGCGGAGACUAUGAACGCAAAAGUGUGUCUUCCUACGAUAAAGACGGCUCAGGUUUCCCUAAGUCCAACAGCAUUCAGCACAUUGGUGCUGCAAGGAGCCCGCAGAAGGGCACCUCGCCAGCAUACACAAGGACAGCCUCUUGCUUCAGUGAACCGUACCAUGCCAGCACCCCUCGCCUGGCUUCCUCUCACAGCAUGGGAUCUACAACCGGAUUAGGCCAGGUGCAGAGUACACCUCUGGAAAGCAGGGCUGAUAUCCACGCCCAGGAGGAUGAGCUGAGCAGCCAGUGGAAACAGCUGAGUGUGGAAGAUGUUAAUACCUUUUCGUCUUCCUAUCAUAACGUGACGGGACGGGUCUCCCCGUACAGUUUUUCAGAGUGCCACUACGCCAUGGGUCCAUCAAGUAAGACCAAAGGAUCUCUUUAUAGCAGCUUCCAAGAGGGGGACGACGUCUUCCACAGCCACAUGCUGGACCAGUGCUUCGCACUGGGUUCCCCUUCACCCAGUCGCAGCCCGAAACUUCCGCCUGCGGAGCUCCGCAAACCGAAAAAGAACUCUGCGACCUAUCGAGCCAAGGACGGCAAUCCGGACGGCUCGUUGCCCUCAGGAAGCUCGAAAGAGAAGGAGCGUGCCAAGAAGGAGUAUGUAAAUCUGAGCGCCGGAAGCUCGGCUGAGUCCUUACACCAAAGCUCUUUAGAAGCCUCAAGUCUUCAGCAUUACCCGAGCCCCAGGCCUAGUGUCCGGCCUCGCCCCAGCUCCAGCUCUGCCCUCAGCGCCGUCGGUCCGGCGCUACCUAAGAAAACCUCUCCAAGAUACCAAAAAUUUGGCAGCACCGGGCUGACACGGAAGGACAGUCUGACCAAGGCACAGCUCUACGGUACGCUGCUGAACUGAAGAACUGGGGAAGGAGCUUGCCAUUUUAUGCAUGAUGCUGAUGAUUACUAGCCUUCUGUACUGUACUGUCUCCGAUGUUCUCUGCAGCAUACUUGGUGUGACAAGGGUGUUCAGUGUUUUAUGUAUCCUAGCCAAGGCAUGUUUCAUGGAGUCUGCAACUUUUUCUAUUGUAUGUCAUAUUAAAGUGUAGCUUCUAGCUAGCUGAAAUGGUGUAGCAAUUUGGUGACUUUUCAUUUUAUUGAUCUUUAGAGCCACUGGGAUUAACCACCUACAGCAAGACAGACCAUGGAUAUACUGUGCUUUGUGCUAAAACUUUGAUACGGAAUACUGUUACGUAAAACCAGCAAGAAACUUAAUUAUUCGUAUUAUUACUGUUGUAAGAGUAAAGCAUGUACAAUGGGAUAAUAUUAUUCAUAACCAUUUGCAUCAAACUAAGAUUGCAAUGUGCAUACAAUGUAUUGUAAACCAAUGGAAGAUAUACGGUAUGUUAAUGGACUGUUUCGGAUGCAAGAUGGAAGAUUUUGAACAACUCGGCGGGAGUUUGUCGUAUUUUUAUAUAAGAAUUAGAUCUGUAAGCGUACUUUACAAUUGUUAUUCACAUAGCAGGACACUGGUUCAGCUGCCUUAAUUCCGUCUAGUGGGGCGCAACUUUUGCAGCAUAUGUACAUACUGUAUACGGGAUCUUGUUUAUUGAUACUCUAGUGUCUUCUUCCCGCUUGGUAGAACAGAGAUGGUUAAAAAGGGAGAGAGCUACUAGUAUGAAUGGGAAUAUUACAGGUAGUCCCCAGGUUACGACUUACCCGACUUACGGGAUUUCGACUUCAGACAAAAGAGUCUCGUCUGCCUUUUUGUUUUCAGUCAUUUUUUAUUUUUUUUAAAGUCGCGUAACAGUGUGUGUGUUUGAGCUCUGUAUUUUUCACAGUCAAAAGGCUGGAAUACACCAGACUCGUCUGCGGUGUUUUAGCGUUGCCACCGCGUCAACGCAGUAAAACGUCGUUAAACUCAAACAGCGGUGCCUCUCUCGCCCUGCGGCCGGUGGUUUUGGUGGACGGGGCCCCACCUGCGGGAGCUUGCCUCUUAACUCACGCACUCUUCACUUUGCACUGUAAUAUCUUCUCAGCACUCUCCUACUUCCGCCUUCCAACUCUCUUUUCUGCCUUGGUAUCCUCCCUGCGUUUCUCCGGGUGGGUAUCCUGCCCUGGGCGUAGUGGGGCAUGGGGGUCCCGUGGUGUUCCGUGUAGGUUCGGGGGCUGUGGCAAUUGCUCGUUGGGGAUGGGGGUGCGCGGGGUGCAUCCCUUCAUCCCAUUCCUGAAGGCCGUUUGAUGGGGGCACGGAUGGUCGGGGGGACAACCCUGAAUCCUGGGGGGAUGACGGCGGCCCCCUUGCUGGGCAGCGGGAGGGAUGGGCUGCGCCCGCUCGUCCCCUGAUUGGCUGGUGAAGGGCCGUGGCACUAGGGCGGCUCCCGCGCAGCAUUUUCACUCAUCUGCAGGACUAUCACGUCUGAAGGGAUUCACGCAUCACUAGGUGCAAUAAGACACACUCAAGUAGAAAAACUCAGUGUCAGGAUUAGCGAUCAAGCAGCAUAGAAUUAAAUGCCAACAUACACUCACAAGGGAUUCACACAAAUACUGGGUUCUACACCUCACAUGGCUGAUUUGUGUAUACACCACCCCUCCCAAUCACUUAUCUUUCUAACCCCCCCCCCCCUUCUUUCUCCUUGGUCAUCAGGCCCCCCACAUGGUGUCAACCGGAAAUACAACUAGCUAACAAUUAGAGGCGCGCGAAAUUUCCGAUUCUUAGAUUAUUCGCGAUUCGGCCGUGGAAGAUUCUUGAACGAUUCACAAAUAUCCAAAUUCCGAUUAUUGAAUUAUACCAGGUAAAGCGGAAGUAAAACACAGUCAGCGCGGUCUUUGGAACGCAAUGAGGAACGGACCGAGGGUAAAUAUCAUGUUCAACUCAUGCCGCUAGAGAAAAAAAACAAUCAUACUUGACUGCGGCCAACAGCCGUUACAAACAAGGCCCAGUUGCUAGUUGCUACAAACAUACGGCUACAGUAGAUCUCAUAUACAGUACUGUGCAAAAGUUUUA